AUUAUGGCAACUAUGAAUGUUUAUACCCAAGGCUUUGGGAAAAGGUUGUGGAAAAUUUAUAAAGGCAGAUGUCCCCUCUCUCUUUUUAAAAACAUAUCUGAUUGUAAGCAUUUCUUUCAAACACCCUUUUCAAGUUCCACAUUCAUUAAUUUCUUCCCUUUAAUAUGAGGUCUCUGUGUGUAUAUAUAUGUAUGUGGAUAUGAUUGUAUAUGUAUGUGUGUGUGUAUAUGAGAGUGAGCAAGUGACUAGUCACUUAUUAUAUUGGCCUUUGUUAGAAAACCACUGAAUAGCAAUUUGUUUAUAUUUUAUCUUUUAAAAUUUGAUUCUCCAUGUCUCCUUAAGAUUGUCAAAAACUGAAAAUUGGUCUUUAGGUCCACAAACAUAGACUUGAUUUGUUAAGUGGAUAUUUUCUAUGAGCCGUCUUGACAUGCUUUUUGUGCAUAUGUUAGAAGAAGCAAUAAGAAAAGCAGGUAUGUUUUGACAUGAUCUUUUUGUGAACAGUGCUUGCUCAGAAAAUUUCCAGAGCAGGAACGUGUAGAUUCUUGUUAAGUACUAAUAAAUGAAGCUCUAAAGGCUCUAUAAAACUAGUGAAUAGUCUGCCAAUUACCAGUGUCUUUGUUUUCUAACUUAAAGAAAUACUUCUUGUUGUUAACUUCAUCCCUUUAGAAAUAUGUUUAUGUGACAAGAAAAUUAGCUUUAUUUUUGUUUUUUCUCAUCUGUUUUAUUUAUUUCUUUCUUUAACUUCACUAGUUGAUUGCUUAAAAACUUAAACAGUCUGGCUGGCACCAAUCAGAACAAAAGGAACAUUUCUACUGACUACUUCAUUUUUUCAUAAAAGGAAAAAUCUUCCUUUUUAGACUCCAGAGCAUUUUAGUAACGAGAGGUUAUAAUUUUUAACUGGAACACCUACAAAUCAUUUCUUGAAUUUUGAUUUAUAUCUCACUAGAUCACAUCUAAUUUCCCCUCUGUCUGGGACUAUUCUGGUGAUAACAGUAUCACUCAAAAACCAGAACCUAUUGGCAUGAUAUGGGCCACAUGGUUGUGUAUGAACACAGAUCAAGAUUAGAGAAAUCCUUGCAAAAGGAAAGACUUGAACAUAAAAAAGCAAAGGAAGAUUUUCUUGUUUAUAAGUUAGAAGCACAAGAAACAUUAAAUAAAGGAAGGCAAGAUUCCAAUAGCAGAUACAGUGCACUGAAUGUCCAACACCAGAUGUUGAAAAGCCAACACGAGGAGCUAAAGAAACAGCACAGUGACUUGGAAGAGGAACAUCGCAAACAAGGGGAAGACUUCAGUAGGACAUUUAAUGACCAUAAGCAAAAAUACCUGCAGCUGCAGCAAGAAAAAGAACAAGAACUUUCUAAGCUAAAAGAAACUGUAUACAAUUUGAGAGAAGAGAAUAGACAGCUAAGGAAAGCACACCAAGACAUACAUACACAGCUUCAAGAUGUCAAGCAACAACAUAAGAAUUUACUCUCCGAGCAUGAACAACUUGUAGUGACUUUGGAAGACCACAAGAGUGCACUAGCUGCUGCACAGACUCAAGUUGCAGAAUAUAAACAACUGAAAGAUACUCUGAAUAGGAUUCCAAGCCUUCGAAAACCUGAUCCAGCAGAGCAACUAAAUGUGACCCAGGUGGCACAUUCUCCACAAGGUUACAACGCAGCAAGGGAAAAGCCAACCCGAGAGGCGCAGGAGGUGUCUCGAAAUAGUGAUGUGUGGCAGAACUAUGAAGCAAUUCCUGGAAGAGCAGAAGAAACAAAACUCUAUGCUCCCACCCAUAAGGAGGCAGAAUUUCAGGCUGCUCCAGAGCCAAUCCAACAAGAAGUGGAACCCAGAGAGCAUGAGGAGCAUCAGGUGGAAGAAGAGCACAGAAAGGCCCUGGAGGAGGAAGAAAUGGAGCAGGUUGGGCAAGCAGAACACCUUGAGGAGGAACACGACCCGUCCCCCGAGGAGCAGGAUCGGGACUGGAAAGAGCAACGUGAGCAGCGAGAGGCAGCAAACCUGGAAGGGCAUGCGCACGCUGAGGUGUACCCUUCAGCCAAGCCAGUUAUCAAAUUCCAAUCACCCUAUGAGGAGCAGUUAGAACAGCAGAGACUGGCAGUGCAGCAGGCGGAGGAGGCCCAGCGGCUGCGGGAACACCAGGAAGCUUUGCACCAGCAGAGGCUGCAAGGGCACCUGUUACGGCAGCGGCAACAGCAGCAGCAGCAGCUGGCAAGAGAGAUGGCCCUGCAGAGGCAGGCUGAGCAUGAGGAGGGCCAGCAGCAGCACCAGCAGCAGCAGCUCCGGCAGCAAGCUCGUUAUGAUGCUAUGGAUAAUGAUAUUGUUCAGGGAGCAGAGGACCAGGGAAUCCAAGAAGAGGAAGGAGGUGCCUAUGAAAGAGACAACCAGCACCAAGAUGAAGCAGAAGGAAACCCAGGUAAUAGACAUGAACCUCAUGAACAAGGACCCCAAGAAGCUAACCCAGAAUCUGAGGCAGAUAGGGCAGCUGUAGAGGAUGUAAACCCAGCAGAUGACCCUAAUAAUCAAGGUGAGGAUGAAUUUGAAGAAGCUGAGCAAGUGAGAGAAGAAAAUUUGCCAGAUGAAAAUGAAGAACAAAAACAAAGUAAUCAAAAGCAGGAAAAUACAGAAGUAGAGGAACAUUUGGUGAUGGCAGGAAAUCCAGACCAGCAGGAGGAUAAUGUUGAUGAACAGUACCAGGAAGAGGCAGAAGAGGAGGUUCAGGAAGAUUUGACUGAAGAGAAAAAAAGAGAACUGCAGCAUAAUGCUGAAGAGACCUAUGGUGAAAAUGAUGAAAAUGCCGAAGAUAAAAACAAUGAUGGAGAAGAGCAAGAAGUUCGAGACGACAACCACCCCAAGGGCCGAGAGGAACACUAUGAGGAGGAGGAAGAGGAGGAAGAAGACGGGGCUGCGGUUGCCGAGAAAUCGCCUGGAAGAGCCGAAAUGUAGCUGUGCCCAAUUUCUAGACAAUACUCAGCCAACGGAUUCUUUUCAAGCUGCUCAAACAUAAAUCUGCCUACUGAACUCUAGGAUAUUUAAUUACAAAAAUUAAGAACUUAGACUUUUUUAAAACUUUUGUAUUAGAAAUGCUCAUACAUUUAUAUGAAUAUAUUUUGAUAAUGUAGGUCUAGAGCUUCUUUUAUAUUCAAGCUAGACAUGAAAAAGAAGAAAAAAAGUAAAGUAAACCUGAGACCCUGAGUCCGAAUUUUUUUUAACAGAUUACAUGAAGUCAGAAAGGUCAUUGAUUUUGUAUAUGUUUCAGCGUGUUACCCGUCUGGCUUCUAGUUUUCAGGUGUCCCUUGUUUGCCUUUCAUAAAAUACAGGAUUUAAGAACAGGGAGUACUUAGAACAGGGAGUACUGCAAAAUGCCAUACAAACUUUAAAGAAAAUGACCAGUUUACUAAUUGCUGCCCUUGUGAUGUCUUUAUGUAUAGUUCUGAUGGAAUUUUCACCAGUCGGUGUAUCUCUGGAUUGAGACCUAUGUACAGAGCGACAUACAAUAGGAAACCCAUUUUUGUUGUAAAGACAUCGUUUUUCAGACUUUUUAGAUCGAUUUAAAAAAUGUUUGUCAUUGCUUUAAAAUCAUAGCUGUUCUGCUAAAGAGGAAUUGAAUUUUAAAAUGAAGAGUAUUAAAACUCCUGUGGCAGUAUUCUGGUCUUAAUCAGAUAUUGCGGUGUUCAAACAAGGUAUGGACACAUCAACACAUUAACCUUUUUGAAGGACUAAUGACUUGUUUAAAAACAAAUGAGUGUUUAUGUGUGAUGUUUUCUAAGUGAGCACCCAUUCUCAAUGUUUUCUUUUUUCUGAAGCCACUGAUUGAUCAUUGUUUCAGUGUCUAGUUCCCUACAAGUAAUAGAUAUUUCCUCUUUAAGCUCUGUGCCUCAAUAUGCAAUCACUUUGAUAAUAAGUAUGAUUAUGAAGAUAUACCAAACUGCAAAUAGGAUAAUUUUUCGAAACUAUACAGUGAAACAUACAUGGUGAUAUGAUAGACCCUCAUGAUUUUUUUGUUUGCUGGAUCUGCUUUUUGGGUCUGCUUUUUGCCUGUGUGUAAGGCAUUUUAAUGGUUGCAAAUAUAAUAGAUUCCUUAAAAUAAAAUUAAAAAUCAGAAACUUCCCUUGGAAUAGAGACAUUUCAGUUGCAAGCGUAAAGAUUUUUAAAUAUACAGCACUAGGUUAUAUAAGUCAUAUGUGUAUGGUUUUGUAUUCAUACUCAAUAAAAACAAAUUUCAUUUUCUAUCAUUAUAUGAAGGUAAUUUUAUUUUUUAAUAACCACACUCAUAGAAGGUUUUGGUUGUUCCAGUUGAGUGAUUGUGUAUGUAUGCAUAGGAAUAUUUUGUUCAAAUGUACUUUGGAUUUCCAAUAAUCAGAAAUCUUAUCUUUAUGUAUAAAAAUCCAUUAUGUAAUGUAAAAUGUAUAAUAUUGUACAUAAUAUUCAGAAUACAAUUAUUUUGGUAAAUUAGCUUGUAUUUUUAAUGUCCCAGUUGCAGUAUUUAAUUGUUUGAACCAUACUGAAAGUUGGUAAUAGUCAAUAAAGCUAAAACAAAGUGGCAGACCUUUUAAA